AUGAUGGUCUACGGACUCAAUAACAACACAGCUAACACCGAUAAGCAGUUCAAUCUGUCCUUCCUUCGAACCAGUCGAACGUACACCCUGCCGCACAAUUCGAUCAGCUUCAAGGUCUACAACGCCUCCAAGAACAAUCACUUCCCAGGCCAGCAAAAAUCGCAUUCUCCACUUCUUCAAUACCCCAUCCGUAUGCCGUCCAAGGAUCUGCUGCUGAUUGCAUUCACCAUCAAGGACUGCCACCCGUCGCAAGUGCGAAUGUUCCCGCUGAUAUCGGAAAUUUCCUCCUCCGGAUUGGUGGAGUUCCCGAGCGCAGCCCUGGCGGUGAACGCCAUCAUGAAGUGCUGA